GCAUCGUCUCACUCAGCUGAAUCCUGUUCGCUAAAUGAUUGUUUAUACACUGGUCCCAAAUUAACUAAUGAUAUUUUUGAUAUUCUAAUAAACUUUAGGAACAAAGAGAUAGCUUUUGUUGCAGAUUUGAAGCAAGCUUUCCUUAAUAUCGAAAUUGUGGAGGAAGAUCGAGAUGCGACCAGAUUUAUCUGGAUGGAACCUCCCUUUGAUGAAGGUAAGAUUAAAAUUUAUCGAUUUACUCGUGUUUUAUUUGGACUUACUUCUAGUCCCUUCCUUCUUGCGGCAACUAUAAAAUUUCAUUUGAAGAAUUAUGAAAAAACAUAUCCUCAAACUAUAAAAAUUAUAAGAGAAUCAUUGUAUGUGGACGAUGUGAUAGGAUGCGAGGAUAAUGUAGAUAAAGCUUUUAGUUUCAGUCAGGAAGCUAUUAAAAUUUUUGAAGAUGCGGGUAUGCAACUUAGAAAAUGGAAUUCAAAUUCGAAACCUCUUAUAGACUUGUGGGAAACUAAUAACAUUCAAAUUGAUCACACCAUAGAAAAUUCAGACUUAAUACCUUCUGAGCAUAAAGUACUUGGGAUAGGGUGUAAUAGUGACACAGACAUUUUUUAUUUUGAUACUAAACAUCUUAUCAAAUUUUUAUCUGAAGGGAGACACACAAAAAGAUUUUUGCUGAAAGCUGCUGAUCGUAUAUUUGACCCAAUAGGAUAUUUGAGCCCCUUUGUUGUAAUCAUAAAGUGUUUAAUUCAAGCAGUUUGGUGCGCUGGAAUUGAUUGGGAUGAAGAACUCCCUCAAGAAAUUGCUCGUGAUUUUCAGGAUUGGUGUAAUGGUGUAAAAAAAUUAAAAGACAUUGAAAUACCACGUUACUAUUUAAGGGAUACUCUUGGAGAUAGUAUACAGGAUAUACAGCUUCACAUAUUUUCUGAUGCUAGUUUGAAAGCAUACGGCUGUGUCGCGUAUUUGAGAAUUGUUACAAAAUCAGAUAAGAUAUAUACAUCAUUUGUUGCAUCCAAAAGUAGAGUAUCUCCCCUCAAAAGUCUGUCAUUACCCAGACUUGAAUUGAUGGCUGCCCUUUUAGCUGCUUGAUUGAGCAAUAAUUUGGUAAAAAACUUAAAGUUUAAACUUACACAACAAUUUUGGACUGAUUCAUCCAUCACUUACUUCUGGAUUAGAGGUUUACCCAACCGAUUUAAACC